UGGAGGUCCCUCAAACGCAUGUUCAGACUAGUUCUAGGAGCAGGAUGCCUGGGUGAAGGUAAAGAAUGAUCAUGUGGACAUUGGUGCUCCUCACAAUAGGAAUAGUGGAUUUGGGUAUUGGCCAACACUACAGCCAGAUCCAGUGGCUGUCCCACCUGCGCAGGCGACAAUGGCACGCUGGCUUGCAGGCUGAGGAUGCAAAUUGCCCCCUGGAGUGUAAUUGCCCCUCAGUCUACCCCACAGCCAUGUACUGUCAUAGCCGCAACCUUCAGCAUGUUCCCUAUGUCCCCUCGCAUAUAAAAUAUGUCUACCUGCAGCAUAACCAGAUCACAGGCAUCCAGGAUGGGGUGUUUGACAACGCUACCGACUUGGUCUGGAUUGUGUUAUUUCACAACAAGCUCAGCUCAGACAAAAUCAGCAAGAAUGUCUUCAGCAAGCUCAAGAACUUGGAUCGGCUCCUCUUGGAUCACAAUGACCUAACACACGUGCCUCCUAACUUGCCCACUUCAAUCACAGACCUGCGACUUGGGCACAACAAGAUAUCAAAAGUCCUUGCCAGCUCAUUCAAGGGGAUGACCAACCUCACCACCCUUCAUCUCCAAGCAAAUGCCAUAGAAGACGUUGGAGGUGUGUUCAAGGGGUUCAAGUCUCUGACAGUGCUGGAUAUCAGGAAAAACAAACUAAGAAAAAUCCCUGACAACCUCCCUGUGAGGGUGCAGCAGCUAUACCUGGAAUUUAAUAAUAUAGAAAGCAUUCCAGCAGAUUUUCUCACCAUGUAUCCCAAACUGCAGUUUGUCCGCUUAGCUCAUAACAAGCUGACUAAUAAAGGACUUCCUUCCAAUGUCUUCAAUAUCAGCACGUUGGUCGAGCUUGACCUGUCCUUCAAUAAACUGGAAAAGAUUCCUGUUGUCAGCAUGAACCUGGAGAACCUUUACUUGCAAGGCAAUAAGAUUAAAGAGUUCUCCCUGAGCAGUUUCUGCAGUGCUGUUGACAUGUCAAACUUCUCCAGGCUGAAAAUGCUCCGUCUCGAUGCUAAUGAGAUCAGUGCCAAAGACAUUCCUGCUGAAGCCGCCUACUGUUUGCGGCAUGUUGCUUUCAUUGAUGUGUAGAGGUUUCCGAAAUGUUUCUAUCUGUAACACAUGCCAUGCUAUUAUGCUUCAUUGCAUUUUCCUUAUAUUACUCACUCUCCUCCUCAUUAAAACAUGAUUGCAUAAUGUUUGUUUAAGCUGUUAUGAAAGCUGUUAGCAUUAUUGAAAUUAUAAAACUAACCAAAAGGAAAUACCAUAGUUUUACAAUCACAUAUCCGGGUGGCAGACAUGUGGAUGACAAAGAGUGAAGAGAUCUGGUCUAACGAGUUACAUCCGCUCAACUAAUUAAUUGGUUCCAGUUGUCUGGUAAAAUGGUUAGUAAUAAUAGUGCUCAG